AAUAUCCCAAAACAUCAUAGUAAUCCUCAAACAACAUUAUUAUUAUUGUAGUGAUCGAGUUCACACUUCACAAUUGUCUUCGCAUUUCAAAGACAAAAAUGGCUCAACCAGUGUUUGUUUCAUCAGCCCAAAUCUCAAAAGAAGAUGAAAAGAUAGUGUUUGAUUCAUCUGUUAUGUCAUAUGAAUCCACCAUACCCAAAAAAUUCAUAUGGCCUGAUGAGUUUAAGCCAAGCCAAGACAUACCAGAACUUCAAGUUCCAGAAAUUGACAUGAAAGCCUUUCACUCUGGUGAUCCAAAAGUUAUAUCAAAUCUUUGCUCUAAGAUUGAUGAGGCAUGCAAGAAGCAUGGAUUCUUUCAUGUUGUUAACCAUGGCGUGGACGCCGAACUCAUAGCGAAAGCUCAUGUUUUGAUGGAUGAUUUCUUUGGCAUGUCGUUGGCAGAGAAACAGAAGGCUCAGAGAACGCUUACAGAUUUUCGUGGGUAUGCUAGCAGCUUCACUGGCUUUUGUAAUCUUGACACAUAUAUAUUUGUAUUUGAUAGGGAGUUCUACGAGAAAUACUGUGAUGCAAUGAGCAAUCUAGCCCUUCAAAUCAUGGAACUUGUGGGAAUGAGCUUAGGAGUUGGGAAAUACUUCAGAGACUACUUUGAAGAAAAUAACUCUAUUAUGCGACUGAAUUAUUAUCCACUUUGUCAAACACCUGAUUUGACCUUAGGCACUGGGCCCCACUGUGACCCUAAUUCCCUUACCAUUCUUCAUGAUGAUCAAGUUGCUGGUCUUCAAGUGUUCUUCGAUGGCCAAUGGUACUUGGUUCCUCCAAGACAAGGUGUCUUCGUUGUUAACAUUGGUGACACAUUUACGGCUUUAUCAAAUGGAGUUUACAAGAGUUGUUUGCACAGAGCUGUAGUGAAUGACAAAUCAGCAAGAAAAUCACUUGCUUUCUUCCUGUGUCCUAAGAGGGACAAAGUUGUCAAUCCACCAAAGGAACUCAUUACUGAAGAGAAUCCAAGAAAAUAUCCAGAUUUCAAGUGGCCAACCUUGCAUGAAUUCACUCAGAAACAUUACAGGGUUGAUGAAGGAACUCUUGAAACAUUCUCCAAGUGGCUUUUAGACAAUAAAACUUCAACCAAUUAAUUAAGAGUG